GAGGGUUACAGUGUCGCUUCCUGGUUACGCAUGGCCACGCCUACUUUACUAUCGCAGCAACCUCAUUCAGUAGACACCCAAUCAUAUCUAGCAUUAUCCACUGUAGCCCCGCCCAUCCUCCCAGAUUGAGGCUUGGUACGCUGCGCUCCAGCUCCUGUGUCCCGGUGACUGUGACAGCGAAGGAUCCUGCGGGAUAGAUCGGUGAUGGCUUCUGCUCUGCGCUUUGAUGGUCGGGUGGUGCUGGUAACCGGAGCCGGGGGAGGUUUGGGAAAAGCGUAUGCCUUGGCUUUUGCUGAAAGAGGAGCCUCUGUUGUAGUCAAUGAUCUGGGAGGAGACUUCAAAGGCGAUGGAAAAAGUUCAUCAGCUGCAGACAAGGUUGUAGAGGAAAUCAGAGCGAAAGGCGGAAAAGCAGUGGCCAAUUACGAUUCGGUGGAAGCAGGAGAGAAACUUGUUCAGUCAGCCUUGGAUGCAUUUGGGCGCAUAGAUAUUGUAAUAAACAAUGCAGGAAUUCUGAGGGAUCGCUCUUUUGCAAGAAUAAGUGAUGCAGACUGGGAUAUUAUUCAUAGAGUUCAUUUGAGAGGGUCGUUUCUUGUCACUCGAGCAGCAUGGAAUCAUAUGAAGAAUCAAAAAUUCGGACGGAUAAUAAUGACCUCCUCGGCUGCUGGAAUCUAUGGAAACUUUGGACAAGCCAACUACAGUGCAGCUAAACUUGGUCUUGCGGGUCUGUCCAACACGCUUGCUAUUGAGGGAGUCAAGUACAAUGUCCACUGUAAUUCCAUUGCACCAACUGCGGGUUCCCGACUCACACAGACUGUCAUGCCUCAAGAUCUUGUGGAUGCUCUAAAGCCUGAGUAUGUGGCUCCUCUUGUGCUGUGGCUAUGUCAUGAAAGCUGUCAAGAAAAUGGCAGCUUGUUCGAGGUGGGAGCUGGAUGGAUUGGAAAGUUGCGGUGGGAGAGAACUCUCGGGGCUAUUAUCAGGAAGCAGAAUCGCCCGAUGACACCAGAAGCUGUUCGUGAUGAGUGGGCAAAGAUUUGUGAUUUUGAUAAUGCUACUAAGCCACAAACUAUUCAAGAGUCCACGGGCACUCUGUAUCAAGUUUUGUCAACCAUUGACUCAGAAAAAGGCAUUUCUAUGAAUCCAACAAGCCAGCAAACUACUUCUACAUCUGCCAUUGACCCGGCUCAGGCUAUUGGACAGAAGCUUCCUUCAACCAUGUACCAGUACACCCACAUACAGCCUAUUCUGUAUGCUCUUGGAGUGGGCAUGUCCACCAGGGAUCCAGAUCACCUGAAGUUCCUCUUUGAAGGGAGUGAAAAUUUCAGCUGUUUGCCAACAUUCGGAGUCAUUCUUUCUCAGGCUGCCUUCAUGGGUGGAGGACUUGCCUCCGUUCCGGGCCUUAGUAUUGAUUUUACACGAGUGCUUCACGGGGAACAGUAUCUUGAAUUGUAUAAACCUAUACCUACAUCAGGAGAGAUGCGCUCGGAGGGCACAGUGGCAGACAUUCUGGACAAAGGCUCGGGCGCUGUCAUUCUGCUUGAUGUAAACACUUACUGUGGUAAGGAACUCAUCUGCUAUAACCAGUUUUCUGUGUUUGUGGUUGGCGCCGGUGGUUUUGCUGGGAAAAGGUCAUCCUCCAAGGCUAAGGCCACUGCAAACCCACCCAAUCGCCCCCCAGAUGUUGUAACAAGUGACGUCACAUCUGUAGAUCAGGCUGCUCUGUACCGCCUCAGUGGGGAUUGGAAUCCUCUGCACAUUGAACCCAGCUUUGCUGCAAUGGGAGGGUUUGAAAGACCAAUAUUGCAUGGUCUGUGCUCUUUUGGAUUUUCUGCCCGGCAUGUUUUGAAGCACUUUGCAAAUAAUGAUGUAACCAAGUUUAAAGCAAUAAAGGUGCGGUUUGCAAAGCCAGUUUUGCCUGGGCAAACAUUACAAACGGAGAUGUGGAAAGAGGGCAACAGAAUUUACCUUCAGUCUAAGGUCAAAGAGACUGGGGAAAUUGCCAUUGCUGGGGCCUACGUUGACCUUACAUCAACUGUUAACACUCUGGAAUCCAAAGCUGCAGUCCAGGACUCGGGACUACAGAGUAAUCUGGUGUUUGAAGAAAUCGGUCGUCGUAUCAAAGAUGUCGGGAGUGAACUGGUUAAAAAAGUAAAUGCAGUCUUCCAGUGGGACAUCACCAAGGAUGGAAAAACUGCUGCACAAUGGACUAUUGACUUAAAGAAUGGAUCUGGAGAAGUUUACAGUGGGAGUGUUCGUGGCCGUGCUGAUACCACAUUUACCUUGUCAGACCAAGAUUUCAUGGAUCUUGUUUUGGGAAAACUCAAUCCACAAAAAGCAUUCUUUGCUGGCAAGCUGAAAGUGAAAGGUAAUAUCAUGCUGAGCCAGAAACUGGAAGUCAUACUGAAAGACUACGCUAAGCUAUAAGCGUUCUCCCGCAGAUGCAGUCGAUGCCGUCCUGAGCGUUACACACCAUUUGCUAUAAUCAAGCACUAACAGGAAUAUGUUCAUAGAAACAGGAAAAAAAAUUUGCUAUAGAAUUUGAUUCUUCCCCAAUUUUUGCACGUUUUUUUUAAUAUGGAUCAAUAAAGCUUUCAAGUUUUAUCAUACAGAAGGGGACUGGAGUGCCGGUUUUUCCUUCAGGGAGAAGUUUUCCUUACUAACAGGAAUGCCGUAAUGAGAACUGUAACUAAUCUUAACAAUGGUCAUAAUUCUGAACUGGUGGCCUGUUUGGACCCCCACCUUUAUUACUUGGGAUACAAAAUUCACCAUCGAUUCUUUCUUUCGUAUAGACUUACAUAAUGGUUAACUGAGCAAAUACCAAUAGUGAAAAUAUUAUACUAGGAAAUAAACCUAUUAACUCUAACAAAGGUGUGGCAGGUUUCUCACAAAAAAAGUGUUCAUAGUGUUCUGUGAAGUUGAAAAUAAUCGCCUUUUUUUUUUUAACCCAUUUUUUGUUUUAGUAAGAUGGAUGACAGCCAAUAUAGCUACCGUUACUGUUAACCAGUCAGUCUGCUCAGGAAUGCAGUGAUAUAGAUGUAGCAGUGCCUAGUUUGUCAUUGAAAUUAGAGAUGAGCGAACUUACAGUAAAUUUGAUUCGUCACGAAUUUCUCGGCUCGGCAGUUGA